AACUCUCGUAGUUAUGGCUCGCACAAAGCAGACUGCUCGCAAGUCCACCGGCGGCAAGGCGCCGCGCAAACAGCUCGCCACUAAGGCGGCCCGCAAGAGCGCGCCGGCCACCGGCGGCGUGAAGAAGCCGCACCGCUAUCGGCCCGGCACGGUAGCUCUGCGCGAGAUCCGCCGUUAUCAGAAGUCCACAGAACUGCUGAUCCGCAAGCUGCCGUUCCAGCGGCUGGUGCGCGAGAUCGCGCAGGACUUCAAGACCGACCUGCGCUUCCAGAGCUCGGCCGUGAUGGCGCUGCAGGAGGCGUGCGAGGCCUACCUGGUGGGGCUCUUCGAGGACACCAACCUGUGUGCCAUCCACGCCAAGCGCGUCACCAUCAUGCCCAAGGACAUCCAGCUUGCCCGCCGCAUCCGCGGGGAGAGGGCAUAAACUGUUCUUAACAAGCUUGGGGGCAUUUAGCUUCCUCCCAAAGGCUCUUUUAAGAGCCACUUCCGUCUUCACUGAGAACAGCUGUUAACACAAGAAUAGGUUUUCCUAAAGCAGAAAAAUUUUAUCCGGGAUUUACAUAACCACAAUACAGAUUCUGCAUAUAAGGGAUGUCAUACGAUAUUUCUCCUACUCUGUGUGAAACUGUUUUAAAUGUAAAAUUUUGCCCCUUUUCUCUCACCAUAUACAUAA